AUGUAUGGUACAAUGAGCAGUUUUAAGGCACCUGAAACCACCUUCUACAAAGUUGAGGAAAAGGUGGAUUUCCCCAAAGAGGAGGAAAAGAUAUUGAAAUACUGGGAUGAAAUAAAUGCGUUCAAAAAAUCUAUAGAAUUAUCCGUCAACCGGCCUGUCUUUACAUUUUAUGAUGGACCACCAUUUGCAACAGGUCUUCCGCAUUAUGGGCACAUACUUGCCGGGUCUAUAAAGGACGUUGUGACUCGCUAUGCAUAUCAGACUGGGCAUCAUGUCGAAAGAAAGUUUGGUUGGGAUUGCCAUGGGCUUCCAAUCGAACAUGAGAUCGACAAAAUGUACAAUAUUAAGGGUUCCGCCGAUGUUCACGAGAUGGGAAUAGAUGUUUAUAACGAAAAGUGCCGGUCUGUGGUUAUGAAGUAUUCCUUCGAAUGGAGACAUACAAUAUGCCGUACUGGCCGCUGGAUAGACUUUGACAAUGAUUACAAGACACUGAACACCACUUAUAUGGAAACUUUGUGGUGGAUAUUUAAGCAAUUAUAUGAGAAGAAGUUGGUGUACAGAGGCUUUCAGGUGAUGCCGUACUCUUUGUCUUGUGCUACCCCCGUUUCCAAUUUUGAGGCAAAUCUGAACUACAAGAUGGUUACAGAUCCAUCCUUUUUUGUAGCAUUCACAUUGGUUGAUGAACCCCUUAAUAUUGUCGCGUGGACGACAACACCCUGGACAUUACCAUCAAAUCUGGUCUUGUGUGUGAACGAAGAAUUCAAUUAUGUAAAGGUGCACAAUAAAAAGCUGGAUAUGUUAUAUGUUAUUGCUGAGUGCCGCCUAGAAUACUUUGCAGGUGCGGUUAAUUUGACGCUUGGAGAAGACCUGGUUGUUGUUGAAAACAUCAUGGGAAAGGAUCUUGUGGGAAAACACUAUGUUCCACUCUUUGACUACUUUUCUAAGGAUCCAAAUUUUAGUAGAGCACAAUUAAAAAGGUCUUAUGUCGUUGUUUCUGAUAAGAUGGUUACUUCUACUACUGGUACUGGUAUUGUUCAUUGUGCACCGUAUCAUGGUGAAGAGGAUUUUAGGGUUUGCAAAAAGUAUGGUUUACUUUCUGAACCUUUGCCAGACCUACUUGAUGAACAUGGCUAUUUCAAGAACCAUCUCAAGGACAUAGGUUGUUUAUACGUCAAAAAUGCUGAUAAUACCAUUAAAAAGUUGUUGAAAGAAAAGGGAUCUCUAGUUCAUUCAGGAACUAUUGUCCAUUCAUAUCCGUUUUGUUGGAGAAGUGAUACCCCGUUGAUAUAUAGGGCGGUCAAUAGUUGGUUUAUUAAGGUUGAAGAAUAUCGUGAUAAAAUUCUAAAAGCUAGUGAAGAAACUAAUUGGGUUCCACGGUUUGUCAAGGAUAAAAGGUUCCACAACUGGAUUUCUGAAGCUAGAGAUUGGUGUAUAAGUAGAAAUAGAUUUUGGGGUACACCCAUUCCUAUUUGGGCAAGUGAGGAUUAUUCUCAACUUGUCUGUAUAGGUAGUAUUGAAGAACUUGAAAAAUAUACUGAAAAGAAAGUCACGGAUUUGCAUCGUCACCAUGUUGACAACAUUUUAAUACCUGAUCCAAGGGGUUCAGAAUAUCCUCCAUUGAAAAGAAUUCCAGAAAUAUUUGAUUGUUGGUACGAAAGUGGAUCAAUGCCUCUAGCUAAGAUCCACUAUCCCUUUGAGCAUGAGAAAACUUUACAUAAACAUUUUCCGGCAAACUUUAUUGCUGAGGGUCUUGAUCAGACAAGAGGAUGGUUUUACACUUUGAUGAUUAUAUCAACACACCUCUUUGACAAGGCGCCAUUUAAAAAUGUCAUAGUUAAUGGGCUAAUCCUUGCGAGUGAUGGAAAGAAAAUGUCCAAGAGGCUCAAGAAUUAUCCUGAUCCACUUAGUAUAAUAAAACAGUAUGGAGCUGAUAGUCUUCGUCUAUUUUUAACUUCAUCUCCUGCUGUAAAGGCUGAACCCGUAAGAUUCACAACUGAAGGUGUUCGUAGCAUUCUUAAGGAUAUAAUUUUACCGUGGUAUCAUGCCUACAGAUUUUUUGUACAAGAAGUUACACGACUCGAAGCUACUGGAACCAAGUUUGUUCCAGAUUCUGAGGCUCCUUUUUCUUCGCCAUGUAUCAUGGAUCGUUGGAUUUACUCAAUUACCCAAGAUCUCAUAGAUGGUGUUCACACUGAAAUGGAGUCAUACAAGCUUUAUAAUGUUAUGCCAAAACUUUUGGGUUUUUUGGAACAACUCACAAAUUGGUAUAUUCGCAUUAACCGUGAUAGAAUGAGAGGUAGUUAUGGUGAAGACGAAGCUUUGAUGUCCCUAAGGUCGCUGUAUGCUUCCUUAGUAGCAUUUACAAAACUUAUGAGUAUGUUUGCUCCCUUUACAUCGGAAAUGAUCUACAUGAACUUAAAACGAGCCACUGGUGGCAUGGAGAGUAUUCACUUUGAACUACUACCAAAGUCCAGUAAAAAGUGCGACAACGCUCUCCUGGAAAAGGUGAGUCUUAUGCAAAAAAUUAUUGUUUUGGGAAGAAAUGUAAGGGAGAGGAAAAAGGUAUCAUUAAAAUCUCCCUUGAAGAGCCUAACGAUAAUACAUGAGGAUUUAGAAGUGUUGGCAUCAUUAACUGACCUGCUAACUCUCAUAAAGGAGGAACUCAAUGUUAUAGACGUAAAUUUGUCCAAUGACACAUCAUGCAUAUCUCUCUCAGUGGUUCCAAAUUUCAAGGUUUUGGGAUCUAAACUUGGAAAGGAUAUGAAAGUCGUUGGAGAUGCAAUAAAAAAAUUUAGAGAAAAGGAUGUUUUAGCUCUGGAAGCAGCGCCAAUUGAAAUUUGUGGGCAUCAGAUUACCUUGGAUGAUGUUGUAGUUUCCAGAAAUCUUAGUGUUGAAAGCUUUAGGAAUGCCAAUCUUGACGGGGCUUCCGAUAAAAAUGUUGCGAUCAUCUUAGAUUUCACAACUGAUGACACACUACAGUACAUGGCUAUGUCUAGAGAGAUUGCAAAUAGGGUUCAAAAAACGCGUAAAACACUCGGAUUAUCAAUCGAUGAUGAUAUAACAAUUUGUGUUCAAAUAAAUGACAGGAAACUCCUCGAGGAAUUUGAACCGCAAACCGAAAGUUUGAGAAAGGUCUUGAGGAAGCCAGUUGUACUAUCAGGAGAAAUAAGUAUGGCAGCAAACAUUAUACACGAAGAAGAUAUGGAUGUGAGGUCGCAUGUAUUCAAAAUUUCAAUUUCAAGGAAUUAA